UGUUAACAUAAUGCCCUGCCAUUCAAUAAAAGAAUAUUCAGCGUUGUACGAAGAGUCAGCAAAAAACAGUAUUUAUAGAAGCGUACCUUUGUUAGAAGAAGAAUGGAAAAUUGUGUCUGACAGUUCUGGCUAUCUUCCAGAAGAAAACAGUGUGACAGUGACUACUGGCAUAAGCCAACUCAGGACACGUACCCUAGAAAUAUUUGAGCACAUCCAUUUGAGUGAUGAUAUAAGGUACAAAAAAGGAUUUAUAUUGAACGCUGGCAUAUCUAUCUGGGCCAUUGAUUUCGUUCCUAAACAGGCCAAAGAUCAUACCCAAUAUUUGGCCAUUGGAGGCUACAAUACAACAAAAGAGCACUACAUGAUAGACGAGGAUACACAAACAGAUAAACGCUAUAACGUAGUCCAGUUGUGGUCGUUUUCAUCUUCACCAGAGCAGAUGAAGCAAAACCCUAAGCUCGAGAUGUGUAUUUUGCAUGAAUAUGGCGCCAUUAGUGACUUGAAAUGGGCUCCAUUUAAUGCAUAUGACGAGAAAAAACUUGGCAUUGCGGCUGUCUUGUUUGUUGAUGGAUCUAUUCGUAUACUUGUAGUACCACAUCCAAAAUUCAUGCACGGCCAAGAGAAAACUGUCAAAGAAACUAUGUUCUUAAAAUUAGAAGCCUCUCGAUUAUUGCUAAAUAUGCCUAAAAUGAAAGCAUCAUGCAUUGCUUGGGGAGGGUAUGGAAGAUUAGCUUAUGGUACAACAUCUGGAAGUGUGGUUGUUUGGGAUAUCUUGGGAUCAUUAUUACAAGACAAACCAAAAAUCAUUGCAAGUAUACCGAGAGUUUCACAGCUUCCUAUUCGAUGUAUUAGUUGGAGCUCUUUAUUUAACGAAAAUCUACUGCUUACGUCUGAUUUGGAUGGAAACAUUCUUGUUCAUGAUUUGAGCGACCCCUUCAUGACCUAUAAAGUGUUCAGAAGAAGAACUGCAUUUACAUGUAUAUCAGGAACAGGACAUAACAGUGGCUUCUUAUUCUCUGAAGCAGAUGGUAUGGUCAGAAGGAAUUUUGGUUACGAUACAAAAAAGUCUUUGAAUUUAACAGCGCAUAAUGGUCAUGUUUGGGCUAUUUCAGUAAGUCCACAUCAUGGCAUUAUGGCUUCAGUGAGUUCCAACGGUAAUGCUAUGGUAAAAAUGUUUGCAUCGGAUGAAGUCGAACUCACAGGCAGACACAAGAACCUUGAGUAUACUCUCUACAGAUUGAUGUUUGAUAACGAUACCCAAACUUUCCGUUACGUUGACGGUAUAAAACCAAGUGUAAGGCAUUUCUGCUUUUUAUUUUGUCUCUAAGUUCUAUAGUUUUCAUUACCUGAACGCGAAUAUCAUAGUGUGUUCUUAAAUCCAUGUGUAGCAUUACAAAAAGUAACUAACACUUUAUAUUUCGACUGUUAAAUUAAUGUCUUUUAGAUUGCUUGGAACUCAAAUAGCAAUGCUUGUGAAUGGGUAGCUUCUGGAGGUAAAGCAGGACUUUGUAGAAUAGAAUUCACUGGCUGUAAUUAACAAUGUAAAUAUUGAAAUGCAUAAAGAAAAUUUCACAAGAUAUUCAUCAUUGCGAUUAUUAAGUUCAGAAUGAAACAAAGCAUAAAGUAUUAUGAUGGAAAGGCCCUAGUAAAAUUAGGGUUUCGUUAUUUUCACAACAAUUAUAAUGAAAAGUUGCCGCCAAAAUAGCAUUUCUUGAUUUUUAUAUGAUUCACAAAGCCGCUGCCAGACAGACGGCAUUCAUGCAAAGUAAAUAAAGAAGUUUCUCCGCAAU